AGAAAAGCGCUGAAUGCUUGUGUGAAAGUCAAGAUUUACGGCAAACCAGAAGUUCGGAGAUAUGACGCACUCUCAACGCGGAAGCGAUUUUGCCGUUGUUAUGUUGGGCAAGAGGGACUAGGGUCACGACAUGUCGACAACGAAUUUAAAAUACCGUUUCAUACUGAUAAAAAUGCGAAAACUUACAAUAUCGUUGCUAUUCACAACGCACUUGUUAAGUUUGAUAACAUGCCUUACGUCGAGAUAUACCCAAAAUUAGGAACCGGCUCUGACGAGAUAAAAAAGUUGAUUGACAAAAGAAGAGGUGACGUGGAAAAAGAGUGGAAUGAAGCUAAAGCUAAUCCAGGUGGAAGACAGAAAUAUUCUUUGGCUGUUGCUCAGCGCCGAGUUAAAGAUUGUUAUGCAGGAAACUUUCGAUCGAACCGUAGGUUGUUGCACCCUUCUACCUUUGGAGAAUCUUUCAGCAUCAAGGACAUUUAUGAUUCAGUACAGUACAAUGAUGAAAGGAUUCUGGAAACAUGCUGUUACCAGAAUAGAGACGUGUACGAGCAAAUCAGGGAACUCAGAGCUGAUGUUGAAACCAAGUAUAACGAAUCUGCUGCUUCUACAGGAACUCUCCACAAAUAUACCCAAGAAGAAGCAAAACAGCUUUUGCAAAAUUGUUACUAUAGUUAUAGGAACCAUUGCCCCCCAAGAAAUUCACUGAUGGAAAAAGAUCCUGAUGGUUGCGGCAUAUGUGGAAUUAAACCUUUGGUAUGUAUUUUUCAAAUUCAUGAUUUUCUUCGCAAAUAUGACAACCAAAUGCAGCAGUUUCACAAAUACCCUGAACAAGGACCUGGAUCUGAUGAACUAAAGAGAUCAAUUGAUGCACACAGAGCUGACUUGAAAGAGGAGUACGAGAACUUUCGCAAGGGUGGUGAAUCCAGGCCAUCAGCUUGCAAGUAUUCAUAUAGUGAGGCGAAUCGUCGAGUUGGAGAUUGUUAUGCCAGUACCGGUCCUGGCACUGUUGACUUAUUUCCCCAAAAGAAAGAUCAGGUUGGAAUGCCAAGGAUUUACCAAACUUUUGAUAUAUUUGACAUAAAAACAUCUCUAGAUUAUUUUGACACAAAAUUGUUUCUGGAAAAGUAUCCAGACAAAGGACAUAUUACUGAUGAAUUAAAAAGAGAGAUUGAAGAAAACAGAGCUAUCAUUGCACAUGAGUACAAGGAAGCCACAGCUAUUGAUGAAGUUGAGCAUGGCUCUGGAUUUAUCAUCCAAGAUCACUUUGUACUCACUAACAGGCAUGUGAUUGAAACCUAUCUAGAUGAUGAACAUAGUUAUGAAAUUCGCUUUUCCAAUGAAUCCAUCAGUGAACUGUCAUGCAAGGUUGCUCAUGUUGAUCCAGGUAAAGAUUUGGCAUUACUGUAUUGUCCAGAUCUUAAUUUACAAGAAAGUGGAAUUUGUCCAUUGCAGUUAUCAACCCAGCCAUUGCUACCAGGAAUGCAGAUAUUUUCUUUUGGUUAUCCCAUGAGUCACACUGAAGAAACUGCUCUUUUUGUGAAUGGAAAUGUCUCUGGUUCAAAGAGGACCCUAUCAGGCCAUUCUAUGGCAGUGUUGAACUGCUCACUGAAUUCUGGGAAUUCAGGGGGUCCAGUUCUGUCCUGGGUAGAUGGUGAGGUUAGAGUAGUUGGUGUUGCAACUCAGAAACAUUUCAGUAGGAUUUUAACUCCUGUUGAAACGAAGGUGAUUGGAAAUUUGAGAGAAUCAAUGCAAGCCCAAACUAUUUCUGAUGUGCAAGAACGUGAUUUAAAAGCCCUCUCUAGGAGAUGCAUAGAGGAACACAUUCCCAGGUCCUGUCAGGAUUCAAUAAAUCUGCUCACUUUAAAACUGUAUGAUGCUUUGGAAACACAUUCUCAAUUCAAUUUAAGCAAUGCAUUACCUGGAGAUUUGGUGGUUCAGUUUAUCAAAAACUUCAUCUCUGAAUACAAUGGAGAGCAUAAAGAAGAGUUGAUCAAGAUUGUUGUCGUUGGACAUAAUUUGUAGUAAAAAAUGAGAAACACUUUUUUAGGAGUACUAAGGUCAGAGGUUGAGAUUCAGUCUAAGAUGGAUCAAAGAAAUGUGACAGCAGGUGGGCAAUGAGUUUAGUAUAACUGUCCAGAAAUGCCUGUUUUGUUAAACAGGCCCUGCUACUUUUAAUGGCUCAUAAUUAUUAUUUGCAUUUGGUUAAGUUUGUUAAUUUUUUAAUAAUUAUCUCUCUCAAAGAGAAAUUUGGUUAAUUAAGCAAUAAUGAACUGUAUGAAGAAACUAUGAACUUUGUGAUAAUGGAUUAUCAUUUUUCAUUACUGAUUCUCUUGAACUAUCAUCAAUUUAAAGUGAGUAUUAUUGCCCCCGCAGGGUUUUUGGCCCCAGAGGGCCAAAAACCCGAGGAGGCACCUUAGGACUCCCCGCGUAAUAUAGAGGAAGACUGGAGAAGAGGGAAUGUGGGUAUUUUCGGUAGAUCAUAACCAAAAAAAAAUCUCGAUUUGAUCGCUUGCACGGCCGCAAGGUAUCAACGUUUUUCCCUAAAAUGGUCAUGGGCUGCCAGUAAAAAGACACGCGUGAGGACUUUUGGGAUCGGCGUCUUUGACAAAGAGAUUUGUCCUAGUAUAGAGGAAGACUGGAGAAGAGAGAAUGUAGGUGUUUUCGGUUGAUCGUAACAAAAAAAAAAUCUCGAUUUGAAACGGCCGCAAGGUAUCAACGUUUUUCCUGCAAAUGGUCAUAACUACACAACUGUAAACAACAAGCCCAACUCAAAAAAAAAAAAAAGAAAAUGGUACUGUAGGGUGGGGGCAGCUCUAGUGAGAACUAUAACUAGUGUAGUAAUAGUGUUGUUUGGAUUUCUUAAAAUAAUUGUGGGAUACCUUGGGGCUCUUAAAACAUAAAUGUUAAAAAUGUAAAGUAGUAUCUGCCACCUAAUAGUGGUUCAGAAUUUCUAUCAUCUGUGGUGGAUAAAGUCUCAUAAUUUUUUGAGAACUCUCAUACUUAAAAAGACUCUGUUUUAGAGAAGUUUGUUAAAUUUAGCAAAAGGAGGACAAAAACUUUAAAGAAAUUGUGGUAUCACCAAAAAGGGCUACCAUUUUGUAGAGAUAAUUUUAACUUGGACUUCUCAAUUUUUUGUUUUUCAUUUUAUCAUAUAUGCAAAGUUUUUCUCUUGAAAUAAUUGUUAGGUGCUGUGAGGCACCUACUAAAUAAUCUGGUGUUGCUCAGCUCUUAAAAGCUAUUAUGAAAGCAGUUAUAAAAGUCUCCUAGAAAUAAAGUGAAUGUCCUCUACCACAUGGGUUCCACCAGAGCAUAGCUCCAAACAAGUGUAAUUUAGCUUAUGCAUAUCUUAAGCAUUUCAUAAUUUUUUUUAACCUUAAGAUGUAUUUUUAAUUUUUUUUAUCAAGUUUACUGUUAAGAAGUGCAGUUUUGAUGUAUAAAUUGUAAUGUUCUUGUAAUUGAACUAUAUUAAUUUUGUUUCUUUCACUUAUGAUAUUUGUUUCCAGUCCUUUGUUUUGUUUUGUUUUUUAACUCAGCUUUAGUAUCUUUAUACCAUAGACCACACUUUUUAUUGGUUUCCUAGUGUAAUAACCUAUGCAGGAUGCUGAGAGAACACAAGCAAAGUUUGUGGAUAUGAGCCAGAGGCAAGUGAUUUACAAACUUUUCUUGUGUUUCUCUAACAACCCAAGUGGGUUAUUAUGCCAGUAAACUGAGGGAAGCUGCAGUCUAUUGUGCUUUGAAAUAAACUCAUUUUUUUAUUCUAUGGGUUUCCUUGUGCAAUUAAUGAUUUGUACUUAACCAAUCAGGGCACUUGCAGUUUUUCAGUUAUUUCAUAAAAAUGCAGAAAAACUAUUUACAUAGUUUCAAAAUCUGAAUGUCAAUUUUAUAUACUAACAAGACCUACCUGUUUAUGAGUGAUAGACUUAAUAAUGCACAUUUGCGUUCAUCAAUCUUCUGUUUCAAGCAAAGAAGUGUAACUAGCCAUUUUUCAGAGAUGCCAAGCUCUACUUUUUCUCUUUACUUCUCUUUUUUUGGACCAGAACCCCCCCCUUGACCAAAUUUGCCUCCACCAAGCAAUUUUGCAGGAAAAACAUGGAUCUAUCUGUCAGGGACUUCAAUUGGUUGAAUACUCAUCCAAUCAGACUCUCCAUUAUAUAGGAGUAAGAAAGAAGAAAGCAUCUUCUUUUUGCUUACAAUGAACAAUGUGCAUCACGCAAGAAAAUGAGGCCAGAAACCAUAAUACAAGCAUAAGAAGCCAAAUGAUUUUGGAAUAUAUGUAGCCUGAAUCUUCUUUGUGGGCAACUGAUCCAAACUUCCUUUUUAUCCAGGAGUUCUGGUCACCCGUACGGGAGAGUGGGAGAUUGGCUGUGUAUCUAGGAAAGUUGGCAUAUAUGAUUUUUGGUUUGUAAUACCAUUCUGCACGUUGCCAAUAUAGAGUGCAGGGGGAAGGGAUGAGUGAAGUAGGCCAAUGAUUUGAUGAAAUUGUGUUUUAUUACUGCUAAGGGUUUCUUAGGUAUGCAGUCGAGUCCUUUACCAUAAAAUGUGGUGAAUGUAUUCAUGACAUUAUUCUAACAUUUCAUGAGAAAUCUCACCACUUUGAGAAUUUCACCACCAAAUGAAAAAACAUAUCCCGAUGGUAUGAAGUUCGUUAAGACAUUGAGAUGAGCCUUGCAUACAUACAUACUUACAUGCAUACUGGUUUAUUGCAUCAAUACCCUUAGUUAUUAAGGAAAAAAGAAUAAGCUACUCUUCAGGUAUUGCCCAGACAUAAACUGAAACAGAACGAAUGAAUUUAUAAUAAUUAUACAAACUGCGUUGGUUGAGUCACAAGCACUGCACUUGAGUGGAAAAAUUCAAUAGAAGUCUAUUUCAUGAAAACAUUACUGUUCAGGAGAGCGCCCUGGGGACGAGGUAGCCUCUCAUUCGCGGCUACCAAAGUAUUGCACCAUUCUUCAGACCAAGUACAAGAAUUUCGAAAAGAGGACAUCGGUAGAGUUUGACUACCAGUUUACGAACCAGCGGUAUAUUUGUACGGUGUUGGCUUUCCUAUUUUGCCUACAUAUGAGAAGAAACUCUCACUGAAGAGCAGACAUCGUUUCAAUGGGUAGUUAUUUCUCCACUCAAUCCCCACCCGACAAGGUGGACAACAAUGAUGUGCUAGGAAACAAGGGAAGAAAAGUUUUGGAUGCCUGUGUGAAGGUUAAGAUUUACGGCAAGCCAGAAACACGCACAUAUGAUUGCGAAAGAGCACGGCAACUAUUUCGGGGGUGUUACGUGCAUCAAAUGGGAAUAGAAUACGAUGAAUUUCCGCAAGUUGAACCCGAUGAUAAGGCAGAGAAAAUAUACAGCAUUGUUGAUAUUUACAACGCAAUGGAUAAGUAUGACAACAUGCCCUACGUUAAAAUACAUCCCAAAGAGCCUGACGCGAAGAAGAUGAGAGAGUUGAUUGAUAAACGAAGAGCUGAUGUUGAAAGAGAGUUGGAGGAAGCUAGAAUUAACCCUGAUGGAAGAAAAAUGUAUUCUUGGACUGUUGCACUGCAUCGAGUUAGGGAUUGCUAUGCUGGGAACUUUCCAGAGGAUAAAAACAUUUUUUAUAUGUUUAGACAUUGUAGUAUCGAGGACAUUAAGAAAGUUGUUGAUGAGUAUGAUGGAAAAGCCAUAGAAGUAUUUAGUGACCAAAGCAAAAGCAUAGACGAGAAAGUCCUUUUACAUAGGGCUGACAUUCAAAAGAAGUACAACGAUGCUCUCACUUCUCCCGGCACUCUCUACAAAUGUAGUGAAGAAAAAGCACAGGAAAGUUUAAAGAAUUGUUACUCUGUUGCCCAUGAUCAUCCGGAUCUCAGACCUUACAACAGUUGCUACACAUGUCAUUAUGAACCUGAUUUCUGUAUUUUUAAACUUCAUAAUGUAGUUAGCUGGAAUGAUAUCAAAUUGCUGCAGGUUAGCAAAUACCCUGCUGAAGGACCUGGUUCUGAAGAGCUGAGGAAUUCAAUUGAAAGACACAGGGCAGAUUUAGAGAAAGAAUAUCAGAACUUUUGUAACAGUGAAAAAUCCAGGCUACCAGUUCAUGAAUAUUCUCAUGGAGAGGCACAGCGCCGUGUUAGAGAUUGUUUUGCUAGUGCCAUUCCUGGGGAUAGUGAUGUAUUACCCACAAAGGAGGAUCAGAGUGGAAUGCCAAAGUUCUACCAAACUUUUGAUAUUUUUGACAUAAAACAAUCUCUGGAUUAUUUUGAUGCCAAAAAGUUUCUUGAAAAGUAUCCAGAAAAGGGACACAUAUCUGAUGAAAUGAAGAAAAGUGUUGAUGAACAGAGAGAACAUAUUCUAAGGGAAUAUGAGAUUGCCACUACCAAUGUUGAAAUUGAGCAUGGUUCUGGAUUUGUCAUCAGUGACCACUUUAUACUUACCAACAAGCAUGUGAUUCAAACCUGUCUAUAUCAAAAAGGCUUUGAAAUUCACAUUUCCAAUGCUGCCAUUGGUGAAUUACACUGUGAGGUUGUUCACAGUGAUCCUGGUAAGGAUCUUGCAUUACUGUAUUGUCCAGGUCUCAAUUUACAUCAAAGUGGAAUUUCUCCAUUGCAAUUGUCAACUCAGUUGUUGCUGCCAGGAAUGGAGAUAUUUUCUUUUGGUUAUCCCAUGAGUCACACUGAAGAAACUGCUCUUUUUGUGAAUGGAAAUGUUUCUGGAUCAAAGAGGAAGUUAUAUAACCCUUCAAUGGCAGUAUUGAAUUGCUCACUGAAUUCUGGCAAUUCAGGGGGUCCAGUUCUGUCCUGGGUAGAUGGUGAGGUAAGGGUAGUUGGCAUUGCAACUCAGAAACAUUUUAAACAUAUUUUAUCACAGGAUGAAAGGAUUGCAAUUAAAAAUAUUAGAGAAUCAUUGCAAACCCAAGCUAUUUCUGAUGUGCAAGAGCGUGAUGUAAAUUACCUCUCUCGUGGAUCCUUUCUUAGAGGAAUCCCCACUUCCUGUCAUAUUUCACUGCAUCUGCUGACAUUAAAACUGUACGAUGCUUUGGAAACACAUUCUCAAUUCAAUUUAAGCAAUGCAUUACCUGGAGAUUUGGUGGUUGAGUUUAUCAACAACUUCAUCCCUGAAUGCAAUGGAGAGCAUAAAGAAGAGUUGAUCAAGGUUGUUGAAUUGUCUCAUUGAAUCAAUCAAACAUUUGAUAUUCAAUGUGGAUCCUUUAUGAUUGCAUGUCUAAGUUUUUUUAAGAUUGUUGUUGUGGGACAUAAUUUGUAGUAAAAAAUGAGAAACACUUUUUUUAGGAGUAUUAACUGUCCAGAAAUGCCUGUAUUGUUAAACAGGCCCUGCUACUUUUAGUGGUUCAUAAUUAUUAUUUGCAUGUGGUUAAGUUUGUUAAUUUUUUAAUAAUUAUCUCUCUCAAAGAUAAAUUAGGUUAAUUAACCCUUUAACUCCCGUGAGUGACCAAGACAGAAUUUCUCCCUACAAUAUCAACACAAUAUCAAUCUGACAAGUGAUGAGAAUAACAAAAAAUAUCAAUCAGGUAAUUAGAAGUUGAUCCAAUACCAAAUUCUCCAAUCUAAAAUUGCAAGAACUGUAUGGCAGACAGUAAAGAGAAUUACUAAUGAGAUCUAGGGAGUUAAAGGGUUAAGCAAUAAUGAACCGUAUGAAGAAACUAUGAACUUUGUGAUAAUGGAUUAUCAUUUUUCAUGCUGAUUUUCUUAAACUAUCAUUAGAGUGAGUAUUAUAAAACAAUUCAAAUAGUACGCAUGCUCUGAUUGGCCAUAAAACCAUUUUACAUGAGCGUAUGUAAACAUGGUUUUCGUUCCUCUUUCAUUAGUUAUUUUAUAAAAGAAAUGUAAAAUGGUUUCCGUGUUUACAUAGCCUGAUGUAAACACGCGGGACUUGAUAAGCUGGAAACCACUCCACUUCACGUCGUGGUUUCCAGCUUAUCUCGUGUUCUCCCAACCUCCCGCAUGUUUACAUCAGGCUAUGUAAACACGGAAACCAUUUUACAUUUCUUCAUUAUGUAGUAAUAGUGUUGUUUGGAUUUAUUGAAAUAAUUGUGGGAUACCUUAGGGCUCUUAAAACAUAAAUGUUUUUAAUGUAAAAAGGUAUCUGCCACCUGAUAAUGGUUCAGAAUUUCUAUCAUCUAUGGUGGAUAAAGUCUCACAAUUUUUUGAGAACUCUCAUAGUUAAAAAGACUCUGUUUCAGAGAAGUUUGUUAAAUUUAGCAAAAGGAGGACAAAAACUUUGAAGAAAUUUUGGUAUCACCAAAAAGGGCUACCAUUUUGUAGAGAUAAAUUGAACUUGGACUUCUCAAUUUUUUGUUUUUCAUUUUACUAUAUAUGCAAAGCUUUGCUCUUGGAAAAACUGUUAGGUGCUGUGAGGCACCUUCAAAAUAAUCAGGUGUUGCUCAGCUCUUAAAAGCUAUUAUAAAAGCAGUUAUAAAAGUCUCCUAGAAAUAAAGUUAAUCUCCUCUACCACAUGGGUUCCACCAGAGCACAGCUCCAAACAAGUGUAAUUUAGCCUUUGCAUAUCUUAAGCAUUUCAUAAUUCUUUUUUUUAACCUUGAGAUGUAUUUUAGGUGGAUGUAUCAGUGGUUGGUUUUUUUUUUUAAAUUUUUGUUAUCAAGUUUACUAUCAAGAAGUGUAGUUUUGAUGCAUAAAUUGUAAUGUUCUUGUAAUUAAACUGUAUUAAUUUUGUUUAUUUCACUUAUGAUAUUUGGUUCCAGUCCUUUGUUUUGUUUUGUAACUCAGCUUUAGUAUCUUUAUACAAUAGACCACACUUUUUAUUGGUUUCCUAGUGUAAUAACCCAUGCAGGAUGCUGAGAAAACACAAGCAAAGUUUGUGGAUAUGAGCCAGAGGCAAGUGAUUUACAAACUUUUCUUGUGUUUCUCUAACAACCCAAGUGGGUUAUUAUGCCAGUAAACUGACGGAAGCUGCAGUCUAUUGCGCUUUGAAAUAAACUUAUUUUUUUAUUCUAUGGGUUUCCUUGUGCAAUUAAUGAUUUGUUCUUAACCAAUCAGGGCACUUGCAGUUUUUCAGUUAUUUCAUAAAAAUGCAGAAAAACUAUUUACAUAGUUUCAAAAUCUGAAUGUCAAUUUUAUAUAGUAACAAGACCUACCUGUUUAUGAGUGAUAGACUUAAUAAUGCACAUUUGCAUUCAUCAAUCUUCUGUUUCAAGCAAAGAAGAGUAACUAGCCAUUUUUCAGAGAUGCCAAGCUCUGGAGAUCUUUUUUUGGACCAGAUCCCCCCCCCUCAACCAAAUUUGCCUCCACCAAGCAAUUUUGCGGGAAAAACAUGGAUCUAUCUGUCAGGGACUUCAAUUGGUUGAAUACUCAUCCAAUCAGACUCUCCAUUAUGUAGGAGUAACAAAGAAGAAAGCAUCUUCUUUUUGCUUUCAACAAACAAUGUACAUCAUGCAAGAAAAUGAGGCCAGAAACCGUAAUACAAGCAUAAGAAGCCAAAUGAUUUUGGAAUUUUGGAAGAUAUGUAGCCUGAAUCUUCUUUGUGGGCAACUGAUCCAAACUUCCUUUCUAUCCAGGAGUUCUGGUCACCCAUACGGGAGAGUGGGAGAUUGGCUGUGUAUCUAGGAAAGUUGGCAUAUAUGAGUUUUGGUUUGUAAUACCAUUCUGCACGUUGCCAGUAUAGAGUGCAGGGGGAAGGGAUGAGUGAAGUAGGCCAAUGAUUUGAUGAAAUCAUGUUUUAUUACUGCUAAGGGUUUCCUAGGUAUGCAGUCGAGUCCUUUACCAUAAAAUGUGGUGAAUGUAUUCAUGAUAUUAUUCUAACAUUUCAUGAGAAAUCUCACCACUUUGAGAAUUUCACCGCCAAAUGAAAAAACAUAUCCCGAUGGUAUGAAGUUCGUUAAGACAUUGAGAUGAGUCUUGCAUACAUACAUACUUACAUGCAUACUGGUUUAUCGCAUCAAUACCCUUAGUUAUUAAGGAAAAAAGAAUAAGCUACUCUCCAGGUAUUGCCCAGACAUAAACUGAAACAGAACGAAUGAAUUUAUAAUAAUUAUACAAACUGCGUUGAUUGAGUAACAAGCACUGCACUUGAGUGGAAAAAUUCAAUAGAAGUCUAUUAGCUAUUUCAUGAAAACAUUACUGUUCAGGAGAGCGCCCUGGGGACGAGGUAGCCUCUCAUUGCGCGGCUAAUAAAGUAUUGCACCAUUCUUCAGACCAAGUACAAGGAUUUCGAAAAGAGGACAUCGGUAGAGUUUGACUACCAGUUUACGAACCAGCGGUAUAUUUCUACGGUGUUGGCUUUCCUAUUUUGCCUACAUAUGAGAAGAAACUCUCACUGAAGUGCAGACAUCGUUUCAAUGGGUAGUUAUUUCUCCACUCAAUCCCCACCAGACAAAGUGGACAACAAUGAUGUGCUAGGAAACAAGGGAAGAAAAGUUUUGGAUGCCUGUGUGAAGGUUAAGAUUUACGGCAAACCAGAAACACGCAGAUAUGAUAGUGAAAGAGCACGGCAACUAUUUUGGGGAUGUUACGUGCAUCAAAUGGGAAUAGAAUACGGUGAAUUUCCGCAAGCUGAACCCGGUGAUAAGACAGAGAAAACAUACAGCAUUAUUGAUAUUUACAAGGCAAUGGAUAAGUAUGACAACAUACCCUAUGUUGAAAUAUAUCCCGAAGGGCCUGACGCAAAGGAGAUGAAAGAGUUGAUUGAUAAACGAAGAGCUGACGUUGAAAGAGAGUUGGUGGAAGCUAGACUUAACCCAGAUGGAAGAAAAACGUAUUCCUGGACUGUUGCACAGCACCGAGUUAGAAAUUGCUAUGCUGGGAACUUUCCAGAGGAUGGAUACAUUUUUCCUUCUUUUGGAUAUUACAGUAUCGAGGACAUUAAGAAAGUUGUCGAUUUGUAUGAUGAAAAAGCCAUUGAAGUAUUUAAUGACGAAAGCAAAAGCAUAGACGAGAAAGUCCUUUUACAUAGGGCUGACAUUCAAAAGAAAUACAACGAUGCUCUCACUUCUCCCAGCACUCUCUACAAAUUUAGUAAAGAAAAAGCACAGGAAAGUUUAAAGAAUUGUUACUCUGUUGCUCAUGAUCAUCUGAUUCUCAGAGCUUACAACAGUUGCUACACAUGUCAUGAACCUGAUUUCUGUAUUUUUAAACUUCAUAAUGUAGUUAGUUGGAAUGAUAUCAAAUUGCUGCAGGUUAGCAAAUACCCUGCUGAAGGACCUGGUUCUGAAGAGCUGAGGAAUUCAAUUGAAAGACACAGGGCAGAUUUAGAGAAAGAAUAUCAGAACUUUUGUAACAGUGAAAAAUCCAGGCUACCAGUUCAUGAAUAUUCUCAUGGAGAGGCACAGCGCCAUGUUAGAGAUUGUUUUGCUAGUGCCAUUCCUGGGGAUAGUGAUGUAUUACCCACAAAGGAGGAUCAGAGUGGAAUGCCAAAGUUCUACCAAACUUUUGAUAUUUUUGACAUAAAACAAUCUCUGGAUUAUUUUGAUGCCAAAAAGUUUCUUGAAAAGUAUCCAGAAAAGGGACACAUAUCUGAUGAAAUAAAGAAAUGUGUUGAUGAACAGAGAGAAAAUAUUCUAAGGGAAUAUGAGAUUGCCACUACCAAUGCUGAAAUUGAGCAUGGUUCUGGAUUUGUCAUCAGUGACCACUUUAUACUUACCAACAGGCAUGUGAUUGAAACCUGCCUAUAUCAAAAAGGCUUUGAAAUUCGCAUUUCCAAUGCAGCCAUUGGUGAAUUACACUGUGAGGUUGUUCACAGUGAUCCUGGUAAGGAUCUUGCAUUACUGUAUUGUCCAGAUCUCAAUUCACAUCAAAGUAGAAUUUCUCCACUGCAGUUGUCAACUCAGCCAUUGCUGCCAGGAAUGCAGAUAUUUUCUUUUGGUUAUCCUAUGAGUCACACUGAAGAAACUGCUCUUUUUGUGAAUGGAAAUGUUUCUGGUUCAAAGAGGACCCUAUCAGGCCAUUCAAAGGCAGUAUUGAACUGCUCACUGAAUUCUGGCAAUUCAGGGGGUCCAGUUCUGUCCUGGGUAGAUGGUGAGGUAAGGGUAGUUGGCAUUGCAACUCAGAAACAUUUUAAAGAGAUUUUAACACUGAAGGAAAUGGAUACAAUUGAAAAUAUAAGAAAAUCGUUGCAAACCAAAACUAUUACUGAUGUGCCAGAGUAUGAAAUAGAUAGAAAAAUAACAAAACAAAUCCCCAUGUCCUGUCAGGUUUCACUCCAUCUGCUCACAUUAAAACUGUACGAUGCUUUGGAAACACAUUCUCAAUUCAAUUUGAGCAAUGCAUUGCCUGGAGACUUGGUGGUUAAAUUUAUCAAAAACUUCAUCGCUAAAUAUGAAGGGGAGAAUAAAGAAGAGUUGAUCAAGGUCAUUAAAAUUGUCUCAGUGAGUUCAUCAAACAGUUAA